UUUGCUGCGGGCGCGGCCACCAGAUUCUCCUAAGAAAUUUAGGGGAAUUUUAUAAAAUAAUUUCGUAAGAUCAGAGGAAUUUCGUUUACACUGUAGUCCUCUGCAUACGUGGCAGGAGAAUUUGCGGUCGGAAAGUUCCGGAGCCAUUCGAGGUUGAGAUUUUAUGCGAGACAGUCUGCGAUUGUCAACGAACUAUAAGCUUCACAAUUGCGGCGCAAUUGCUAAACUGUUAUCAGAUCAGUAUCACCGGCAAGUAAUUUGAGGAAAAUCUGAUUUUUCAAGACGCUCACUUGAACUAAAAACAAGAUGGGUAAAGGAAAAGGAAAAAAGAAGAAGCAAAGCACUCAGAAAGAAGAAGCUGCAUCAACUACAAGAGAUACUUCCAGUGAGCAGUUACAAGAGGGAUCAGCCUCAAAAGAAGAAACUGCAUCAACUUCAAAAGCUGCUUCCAGUGAGCAAUUACAAGUGAGAUUACCCUCACAGAAGAAAGAACAAGUAGCUCAGCGUUUGCCACAAAAACAGCAAGUACCACCAGGUCCACCUCAACAAUCUCAAUUUCAACCUGAGCUACAAGGAGCAUGGGGCAAACCACAACAAGCUCCACCAGCUCAACAACAACAAGGAGCACAAGGCCAACCACGACAAGCUCCACCAUCUCAAUCACGACAAGCUCCACCAGCUCAACAACAAGAAGCAUGGGGCCAACCACAACAAGCUCCACAAUUUCAACCACGACAAGCUCCACCAUUUCAACCACAACAAGCUCCACCAUUUCAACCACGACAAGCUCCACCAGCUCAACAACAAGGAGCAUGGGGCCAACCACGACAAGCUCCACCAGCUCAACAACAAGGAGCAUGGGGCCAACCACGACAAGCUCCACCAGCUCAACAACAAGGAACAUGGGGCCAACCACGACAAGCUCCACCACCUCAACAACAAGGAGCAUGGGGCCAACCACGACAAGCUCCACCAUCUCAACCACGACAAGCUCCAUCAGCUCAACAACAAGGAGCAUGGGGCCAACCACGACAAGCUCCAUCAGCUCAACAACAAGGAGCAUGGGGUCAACCACAACAAGCUCCACCAGCUCAACAACAAGGAGCAUGGGGCCAACCACAACAAGUUCCACCAGCUCAACAACAAGGAGCAUGGGGCCAACCACAACAAGCUCCACCACCCCAACAACAACAAGGAGCAUGGGGCCAACCACGACAAGCUCAACAGCAACAACAAAGGGCAUGGGGUGAACCGCAACAAUCACGAGCCCCACCCCAACAACAACAGUCAGAAGCACGACAACAAGUUCCAAUUAUUACUGGUGCUGGUGAUGCUAAAUUAAUAACUGACAAAAGUAAGAUGCAUAGUGAUGUUGACAAACAACAACAAGCAACAACAAGUGUAGAAUCAGAGUUUUCUCAAAUUUCACUGAGAGAUCCAUUACAGUCAACAAAAACUUCUCAAAAAGCAAAAAUGACAUCUUCUGCAAUGAAACAAUACCAACUAGCUAUACCAAAAAGGAAAAAUAUUAUGAAAGCUGGAACAAAAGGAAUACCGAUUCGUGUUUAUACAAAUUUGUUUGAAAUUAUAUUUGGAAAAGACUUUGUAACAAAUGCUGUUCAUUAUGAUGUAACCAUUUCACCCAUUGCUUCAAAAGCUAUAUAUAGAAAAGUUUUUGAAAAAUGUAGGGUGAGUAAAUUUCACAGUAGAUAUCCAGCAUUUGAUGGAAAAAAAAAUGCAUACAGCGCAAAUGAUCUUCCUUUUGGUGAUUUCAUGAAGGCUGAAAUGGAAAUUUAUAUUGAUGAAGAAAGUCAAAGAAGGAAGACAUAUACAAUUAGUUUAAAAAAAGUGGCUAAUAUCGAUCUUAGCUGGAUAAAACACUUGCGACCUGGUCUUGAUGAAGCUGACAGAGAUCAAACUGGUAUACAAGCUUUGGAUAUCAUCAUGCGUCAUGCACCCGAAUCACGUUCUUUAAGCGUUGGAAAAUCAUUAUUUUGGGAAAUAAACGAUAAGGAACCAUUAAGUGGUGGUUUAAGUCUAUCGCGCGGCGGAUUUAUGUCUGCUGUGCUUGGCUGGCAACCUUAUAUAAAUAUAGAUGUUUCUCAUAAAGGAUUUCCCAAAUCUCAAAACGUGGUCGAUUUAAUGGCAGAGUUUACGGCAGUAAGAGGUCGGAUCCCGACGAUUCCAGAUCCAGAAGAAGUGAACAAGAGAUGGAAUCGGGAGAAAAUUGAGAAAUUUUUGAAGGGUUUAAAAGUAACUUAUGAAAUACCUAAUGGUCGUAGUGGUACUAAUCACAGUACAAAACGAACAUAUCGCUUGAAUGGAUUAGGCCCAAAAGCUAGCAUGCACAAGUUCAAUAGUGCUAAGGAAGAUGAGCCAGAAAACAUACAAACAAUAGUGGAAUAUUUUGCUGAGCGCAAACACUAUAAUUUGCGUCAUCCAGAUCUGCCUUGUCUUUGGGCCGGCGCGAUGGAUAGGAGAGAAAAAAUUUAUUUACCCGCUGAAUUAUGUACCAUUGUGGCUGGCCAGUCUGUUAACAGAAAGUUGGACGAGAUGCAAACUAGCAAAAUGAUUAAAUAUGCGGCGACGGAUGCACCUACUCGUAAGAGGAGAAUAGAAGCUGCGUUUACAAAGAUUGAUGUGAAUACUAGUUCCACUAUGAAUCAAGAAUUUCAUCUAUCUAUAAGUACAAACAUGAAAGAAGUAGAUGCUAGAAUUUUACCUGCUCCGGUGUUACAAUAUAAAGCAACAACGGCAAGAGUGAGUAAGGGAAUAUGGCAGAUGCAAGCAUUUCAGACAGCUUGUAAUUUAGAAGAAAAAUCGUGGACUAUUCUCGAUUUGACUGACUUUAGAGGAUUGGAUACACUUAUACGUGAUUUUAUAAACUCAUUGCAACAAUGUGCAACGGAAGUUGGUAUGACUAUUGGAAAUCCUCAGGUUCCAUGGAAAAGUUUGAGACCACAAGCUCACGCAGAGAUCACAGAGUACUUUAGAUCAAAAAAGGGUUCAAAAUUGAUAAUAGUGAUUAUACCAGAUCGUACAGAUACAACAUAUGGCAAAGUCAAACAGAUUACCGAGUUAUCAUUAGGUAUUCUAACACAAUGUAUAAAGCUUCGGACUAUACAACAAAGAAGUUAUUCCGCGGUAAAAAAUAUUCUUCUUAAGAUAAAUUCGAAAUUAAAUGGUAUUAAUCAUACACUGACUACACAAUCUAUACCAGAAUGUUUAAAGAAGAAAGAUUGUAUGCUUGUUGGUGCUGAUGUGACACACCCAUCUCCUGAUGCCAUCAACAUACCCUCUAUAGCAGCAGUUGCUGCAAGCAGUAAUGAUUCCGCUUUUCAAUAUAAUAUUGCACUUAGACUGCAACAACCUAAAGAAGAAAUGAUCUUAGAUCUUGAAGAAAUAAUAAUAUCGCAAUUGAAUAUCUAUCGACAGAAAAUGUCAUAUUUACCUAAAAAAAUCAUCUACUACCGAGAUGGAGUCAGUGAAGGACAACUUGCUCAAGUUAUGCAUUUUGAAAUAAACGCUAUUAAACGUGCAUGCACAAGAAGUAAGGCCGGUAAUAUUCAAAUUACUUGCCUAGUUGUUCAAAAGAGACAUCAUGUGCGUCUCUUUCCAACAUCUGACAGGGAAACAGACGACAGAAACAAAAAUGUGAGAGCGGGCACGAUUGUCGAUACUGAAAUUACUCAUCCAAAUCACAUUGAUUUUUAUCUUGUCUCACAUGCGAGUAUUCAGGGUACAGCGAGGCCUACUAAAUAUAGAUGCAUAUGUAACGAAUCUGAUUAUACUGAAGAUAAUAUUGAAGAAUUGACAUAUUAUCUUUGCCAUAUGUAUGCGCGUUGUACAAGAGCGGUAAGCUACCCAGCACCAACUUAUUAUGCUCAUUUAGGAGCUUACCGUGGAAGAGCCUUGAUACAAGGAGUUAAUAUUAGAUUGGAUAAUUUAGAUGCGGAACAAAACAAAUUGUGCAUGAGAAUGGAUAAUUCACCAAUGUGUUUUGUUUAAAAAGAAACAUCUGUUGCUUCUCUCGAAGAUUUUCAAGGAUGGCUUUGUAUUCGCCAGACUUCUUAUCUCUAAUUACAAUUUUACUUUUAUCUCUUAUUUUUAUUUGUUAUGAUUAAAUUUCUUACUUUAUUUGUUAAUUGAGAUAUUAACACUCUGAUGAAAAUAUAUCGAUAUACCUAUA